UUGGAAAGACCAUCCAAAUCUCAAAUAUGGACCACAACUAGCUCAACAACCAUAAUAGCAGUUGAGAGGCCCCUUUCAAUAACAAGGAUAUCGGGCACCAAGGAACCACUAGUCACAACCACCACACAGAUAUAUGCCUCCUCCUUUGAGGAGUAA